AUGUCGAAGUCCAAGGGGCUGAGGGAACAGAAUCUGGAGACGCUGGACCCCAGCAAGUUGACGCCGCUGUCGAUCGACGUGAUCAGCCGCCAGGCGACUAUCAACAUCGGCACUAUUGGCCAUGUCGCUCAUGGGAAGUCCACCCUUGUGAAGGCCAUCUCGGGUGUGCACACUGUGCGUUUCAAGAAUGAGAUGGAGCGCAACAUCACCAUCAAGCUUGGCUAUGCCAAUGCCAAGAUCUUCAAGUGUUCCAACCCCCAGUGUGAGCGCCCCGACUCCUAUGUCGCAUAUGGAAGCUCCAAGGAGGACGUGUUCAACUGCGACAAGUGUGGGGGCACGUACGAGCUUGUGCGCCAUGUGUCCUUUGUGGACUGCCCUGGGCACGAUAUUUUGAUGGCCACAAUGCUUAAUGGGGCGGCCGUCAUGGAUGGUGCACUGCUGUUGAUCGCAGCCAACGAAGCCUGUCCCCAGCCACAGACAUCUGAACACCUGGCUGCGGUGGAGAUCAUGAGGCUGAAGGAUAUCAUCAUUGUCCAGAACAAGGUGGACCUGAUCAGCCAAAGCACUGCUGCAAACCAGCAUGAGUCAAUUCAUCAAUUCAUCCAAGGCACGAUCGCGGAUGGUGCACCAGUGAUUCCAAUCUCUGCCCAGCUCAAAUACAAUGUUGAUGUGGUUUGCGAGUACAUAGUGAAAAAGAUACCCAUCCCUGUCAGGGACUUUGUGUCACCACCACAAAUGAUUGUCAUUCGUUCUUUCGAUGUCAACAAACCGGGUUCUGAAGUCGAGGAGCUGAAGGGUGGGGUUGCUGGUGGCAGCAUACUUCAGGGCGUGUUGCGACUAGGGCAGGAGAUCGAAAUCCGGCCAGGAAUCCUGACAAAGGAUUCGCAAGGCGAACCUGUUUGCGUGCCCAUCCGUUCAAGGAUCGUCUCACUGUUUGCUGAGAAGAACGAAUUGUCAUAUGCGGCACCUGGGGGCCUAAUUGGAGUUGGAACAACGAUCGACCCUACCCUCACACGUGCUGAUCGCCUGGUCGGACAAGUCCUUGGGGAGGUGGGUGCCCUGCCAAGCGUCUUCAAGGAGCUGGAGAUAAACUUCUUCUUGCUGCGUAAGCUCCUGGGCGUCCGCACAGAGAAGGGCCAGAAGCAGAGCAAGGUGUCCAAACUGACAAAGAACGAGGUGCUCAUGCUCAACAUUGGGUCCAUGUGCACGGGGGCUAAGGUGGUGGCUGUGAAGAAGGAUCUGGCAAAGCUGAAGCUCACUGUGCCUGUGUGCACCAAGGAGGGCGAGAAGGUGGCCCUCAGCCGGCGGGUAGACAAGCACUGGCGGCUGAUUGGGUGGGGACAGAUCCAAAACGGCGGACCUGCAGAGGUUCAAGAGAUGCAGUGA